ACCGAACGACGACAUCUCCCUUCCACACAACAGCCCCCUCGACUGCGUAACUUGUCGCAAUCAUGGCUGUCGGAAAGAACAAGCGCCUUUCAAAGGGCAAGAAGGGCCUCAAGAAGAAGACGAUGGACCCCUUCACCCGUAAGGAUUGGUACCAAGUCAAGGCCCCUUCUUCCUUCCAAAUUCGAGAUGUCGGCAAAACUCUCGUCAACCGAACCACCGGUCUCAAGAACGCAAAUGAUGCAUUGAAGGGCAGAAUCUUCGAGGUUUCUUUGGCGGAUCUGCAGAAGGAUGAGGACCACGCAUUCCGAAAGAUCAAGCUCCGGGUUGAUGAGGUCCAAGGGAAGAACUGCCUCACCAACUUCCACGGUCUCGAUUUCACAUCCGACAAGCUGCGAUCUCUCGUCCGAAAGUGGCAAUCUUUGAUUGAGGCCAAUGUCACAGUCAAGACCACCGAUGACUACCUCCUCCGCCUGUUCGCCAUUGCCUUCACCAAGCGCCGACCCAACCAAAUCAAGAAGACCACCUAUGCCGCCUCCUCGCAGAUCAGAGCUAUCCGAAAGAAGAUGACCGAGAUCAUUCAACGCGAAGCCUCCAGCUGCACCCUCACACAACUCACAGCCAAGCUCAUCCCCGAGGUCAUCGGUCGUGAGAUUGAGAAGGCUACCCAAGGCAUCUACCCAUUACAAAAUGUCCACAUCCGCAAAGUCAAGCUCCUGAAGGCACCCAAGUUCGACCUCGGCGCUCUCCUCAACCUCCACGGCGAGUCAAACACAGAUGAGUCGGGUCAAAAGGUCGAGCGGGAGUUCAAGGAGAAGGUGUUGGAUGAGGUAUGAACGGCCGGGUAGACUUAUACUGGGGUGUUUCGACUGGUCAUUUGCAUGUAGUCAGGUCUUGCUUUGGGCAUACGGCGUGACUUGUGUGGGUCUAGCAUAGGGCUAGCACAAAAUAAAUUUCCAAAAAUUAUUCCAAAGGUGCCUGUUACUGUGG